AUGAAUUAACUAUACCUCAAUGAUCUUCAGGCUAGUCAUGUUUAGGUGCAUUCUCCUAAUGGAGAACAACGACUAUUAUUUUAAGAUGCUCUAGGUCAAAUAAAAUUAAGACAGAUUAAUAUAUAAACAAGGUUAAAGGAACUUUUGAUUUAAGCAAUAUAAAAAUUAAGGAAAUAUACAAAAAUUAAGAAUCUCUCUCUAUUAAGUAAAUAAUAAUUGCAAGCUUUCAAUGAUGUUUCAAGUAGUUAUAUUUAACAAUCAAAGAAGGAGAAAGACUCUUCAUAAUUUGAAAAAUAAUAUUAUCAAUACAAAUAACAGAAUGUAAGUUUAUAAGUCUUAGUAUCCAGUUUGAUGACUAUGGUAAAGCAUCGAAGUUUUACUAGUAUUAAGGCAAGUCAUCCUAUGUUAAUAUUUUGGAGUUUCUUAAAAUUUCUUUUGGUAUUACAUUUAUGUUUCAUAUUUCCAUUAUCAGAUUCAUUUGUAAAUCAAUUGGAUGAAUUCAUUGAUAUUUAGAUGCCAAUAUUUUUUGUUGAGAUAGUGAUUUUGACAAUUGAUAUAAUAAUGAGAUUGAAUGUGUAGAUAUAUAAUAAGGGGAUUUUGAUAACAUAAACAAGAAAAAUAAUUAUAUAAUAUUUUCGAAAGGAAUUCUUAAUUGAUUUUGGAGGAUUGUUGGGAUUAAUAGUUUUCUUGCUUUCAACAUUUACUCCUCUAAAAUACUUAUUCAUAUUAAAAUUAAAGGAAUUAUCAACAUUUAUGGAAGUAUUCAAGUAUGAAAUUGAUCCAAGAGGUAAAUUUAAAAAUCAUCUUAAAUUAUUGAAAUUAUUAAUCACAGUAGUAUUACUUGCUCAUUGUUUUGCUUGUGUUUGGAUAGGUAUAGGACAACAUUCAAUGGAAAGGAAUUGGAUAGUGUAAAGAGGCUUGGAAGAUUCACAUUGGAUUGAAAUCUAUUUAACUGGUUUAUAUUUUGCUAUUACAACAAUGACUACAGUAGGUUAUGGUGAUAUUACCCCAAUAAAUCCAUAUGAAGUAUUGGUUAGUAUUUGUUUAACUCUAUUUUCAUCAUGUAUAUUUGCAUAUGUGUUUAAUACAAUAACUUCUAUUUUGAAAGAUUUGGAUGCAGAUAAAAGUAAAGUGAAACAUGAUUUAGAAAUAUUGAGUCAUUAUAUGAAGAAAAGAAAUAUUGAUUCAGAUUUAUAAAAGAGAGUAGAAAAGUAAAAUAAUCUAUAUUUUAAUUUAGUUAUCUUCGAUUAGUAUAUAAACAUCAACCAUCUACUUAAGAGAAGAAGAUAUUUUGUAAAUUGAGUCCAUAAUUAAAGUAAGAAUUAAAUGAAUAAGAUAAAGGAUUAUUAUUAUUAAAGUAACCAGUACUUGUGAAUAAUUUUUCAUUGAAAUUACUAAGAGAAUUAAUUGAAAGUGUUUAAGAAAUUAAUUUAACUCCUCAAGAGAAAUUAGUGAAUGAUUAGGGAUUAUAUAUUUUAUUAAAGGGAAAUAUAAAUGUAAUAUUUGGAGAAAACAAAACUAUUGUGGGGAAUUUGAAACCAGGAGAUGGUAUAGGAUUGAAAUCAUUGUUUAAUGAAUAAUAGAAUAAGAAACUAUUUUUUAUAAGUGAAGGAUUUUCAACUGUUUAUUAUAUAUCUUAAGGUGAUUUCUUUAAGAAAUUAAAGGAUACUGAUUUAGAUUAAUUCUAUUAGAUUAGAGAUAGAAUAAUGAUAUAAAAUUAUGAUAACUUAUUUUUGAAAUGCUUACUUUGUAGAAAAUAAGGACAUGAAAUAUGUGAAGAUAUCUAUUUUAAUUUAAAUAAAGAAUUAAUAUUAGCAAAACAUUAAUAUUCAAUUGAAUAAGAAAGAUAGGAUAAAUAUAAAAGAAAACGAAAAGAAAAAUCUAGAGUAUUUAAUGAAUUAGAAUUUAAAAGAAGAAGUGCAAAUUUAUGUUAUUAAAGAACAAUAAAAACAAUUAGAAUGUAAGAGAGGGAAAUGGAAAGUGAUGAGGAAGAUGAAAAAUCUGUAGAUGAAGAGAGUGAUGUAAGAUAUACAUAAUAAGCAAGAGUCUUAUGAUGAAUUAGAGUAAUCAAGACAUUAUUUAGAUGAAAAUAAAGAUUCUAUUACUGUCUUCUUUGACAAAUAAGCAACUCCAAAAUAAAGUAAUAGAGUAGAAUUCAAAAGUGUAAGAUCUAAGAUUAAAGGUGCUUCUAUAGUUAGAAUGUUUUAAAAUUUUACUUAAUAAAAAGUAUUUCAUUAAGAUUUUUGUAUUAUUAAUGACUUUGAGAAGAUGAAAUUCUACAGGAUGUAUUAUCCUACUUAUAAUUAUGAUUCAGUUAUUAAGGUUUACAAUCAGUGGAGGAAAAAGGCUAAUAAAAACACUUAUAAAACAUAAUUUAAUUGA